CGCGUCCUGACCUCCGCCAACCUUAAAAUUCGGGGUCCUUUUAACUACUUCGCCGUCCUCGCUCUGCUUUAUCUCUGUUUGUUGAUACAUUGAUACAGUAAUUAUUAGACAGCAAUAACAGCAAAAUGGUUUCUAUUCUCGACCAGGCCGUGUUCGACGAGCAGGUCCGCACAAAGUUCUCUGAUGUCAUUGGCUCGAAGCUGGGCGGCAAGGUGAUCUCCUUCUCUGACGAGUUCUUCGCCGAGGCCUCGAAUCUUCUGGCUCCGAAGGCUCCUAUCCGCGACAAGACCCGGUACACCUACCAGGGUGCCUGGUACGAUGGAUGGGAGACCCGACGACACAACCCCGAGCCUGCCGACUGGGUCGUGAUCAAGGUGGGCGUUGACUCUGCCCGCUUGAUUGGCUGCGAGAUCGAUACCGCGUUCUUCAACGGCAACCAGGCGCCUGCUAUCAGCGUCGAGGGCACUUUCCUCGCCGACGACGCUGUUCCUGAUAAGGAUACCAAGUGGACGACUGUUAUCGAGAAAACCGAGUGCCUGCCCUCGCAGCGCCACUUCUUUGUCCGCAAAGCCGGUCUCACGACCGAGAACUACAACUACGUGCGUCUCAACAUGUACCCCGACGGCGGCAUUGCGCGCUUCAGACUCUACGGAACGCCCGUGCCCGUCUUCCCCGAGGCGCUCUCGACCGUCCUCGACCUCGCCUCGGUCUCGCACGGCGGCGUGGCCAUCAAGUGUUCGGACGAGCACUUUGGCACCACAGAUAACCUCCUCCUGCCCGGCCGCGGCAUCGACAUGUCCGACGGCUGGGAGACCACCCGCUCGCGCGUCCCCGGCUACGAGGACUGGGUUGUCGUGCGUCUGGGCGCGCGCGGCGUGAUCGACAAGGUAGUCGUCGACACUGCUUUUUUCCGCGGCAACUUCCCCGACCGGAUCCGCGUCGAGGCGAUCGAUGCGGCAGACGACACUGCGGCGCUCGCGGCCGCGAAGGACAACUGGACCGUCGUUGUUCCCGAGCAGAAGGCAAAGCCGGACUUUGAGCACGAGUGCGCGGUCGAAGGCGAGACCGCGUACACGCACGUCAAGCUCUCGAUGAUCCCGGACGGUGGAUGCAAGCGGUUACGCGUGUUUGCCCGUCGUGUUUUGUGAUUUGCGCCGCUCGUUAUGUUUACGACAGUAAUGACCUAAUUCACUAAUGCUAUGAGAUGUUAUAGAUCUAAUAAAUGA